AUGAAUUUUAUAUGUUCAUUCUUUCUUUUCGUAAAUUUUUUCUAUAUAUUUCGUAUUUUCUUUCGUUCUUUCUUUCAUAUAUUUCUCUAUAAAACCUAUAUUCCUUUCUUUGUUUUUCUUUCUUUUUUCUUUCUUUCUUUCCUUUCAAAUAUUUCUCCAAAUAUAUUCUUUCUUUACAUAUAUCGUCCCCAUGAAUCUUAUAUAUUAUUUAAAUAUUUUUCUAUUUUCUUUCGUAGAUUAUACAUACAUUGCUAUAAUUUUUACUUCAUUCCUUACAUUUUUUCUAUCUUUAUUUCUUAUGUAAUAUAUCUAUCCUCUUUUUUCUUUGUUGUUUUCUUUCUUUCUUUCUUUCUUUCAUACGCUCUUUUUUCUUUCAUUCGCUCUUUCUUUCUUUCAUUUGCUCUUUUUUCUUUCAUUCGUUUUUUCUUUCUUUUAUUUGCUCUUUUUUUUUUUUUCAUUUUUUUUUUUUCUUUUUCUUUCAUUUGCUCUUUUUUCUUUCAUUCGCUCUUUCUUUCUUUCAUUUGCUCCUUUUUCUUUUAUUCCCUCUUUCUUUCUUUCAUUUGCUCUUUUUUCUUUCAUUCGCUCUUUCUUUCUUUCAUUUGCUCUUUUUCUUUUUUAUUCCUAAUUUCUUUCUUUUCAUUUUCUUUUUUCUUUUUUCUUUCAUUUGCCCGUUUUUUUCUUUUUUUUUUCAUUUGCUCUUUUUUCUUUCAUUCGCUCUUUCUUUCUUUCAUUUGCUCCUUUUUCUUUUAUUCCCUCUUUCUUUCUUUCAUUUGCUCUUUUUUCUUUCAUUCGUUUUUUCUUUCUUUCAUUUGCUCUUUUUUCUUUCAUUCGCUCUUUCUUUCUUUCAUUUGCUCCUUUUUCUUUUAUUCCCUCUUUCUUUCUUUCAUUUGCUCUUUUUUCUUUCAUUCCUUUUUUUUCUUUCAUUUCAUUUUUUUUUUUAAAUUGGAUCUUUUUUCUUUCAUUUGCUCUUUUUCUUUCAUUCGCUUUCUUUUGCUCCUUUUUUCUUUUAUUCCCUUUUCUUUCUUUCAUUUUUCUCCUUUUUCUUUUAUUUGCUCUUUUUUCUUUCAUUUGCUCUUUUUUUCUUUCAUUCGUUUUUCUCUUUUUUUUGCUCUUUUUCAUUUCUUACUUUUCUUUCAUUUGCUCUUUUUUCUUUUUAUUCCCUCUUUCUUUUCUUUUUGCUCUUUUUUUUUCAUUUGCUCUUUUUCUUUCAUUCGCUCUUUCUUUUUCUUUCUUUUCAUUUUUCUUUCUUUUUUUUUUCUUUUCAUUUGCUCUUUUUUUUUCAUUUUUUCUUUUCUUUCUUUCAUUUGCUCUUUUUUCUUUCAUUCGCUCUUUCUUUCUUUCAUACGCUCUUUUUUUCUUCCUCAUUUAUUUGUUGAUUUCAUCUUCGUUACUUACACUGCGUACAUAUUUUUAUUUCUCUUUUCCGUCUUUAGUUUCCAUACAUUAUCAUUGUUUUUUUAA